AAAAAAAACAAUAAUAAUAAUUGUGCCGAAAGUAGUAGCCACCGCCACCACCGUAAUAUCAGGGAGAUACAAAUAGAGGCCAACGAAGAAUUACAUUUGUUUUGCUGUAAAGAAAGCCAAACAACAAACAAUCAUAUUAGCCCACUCGUCCUAUUCUUUCUUCUUCUUCAUCUUCACUGUAUCGUUUAGUCAAACUAUUUUCUCCACGAUCUGUUUGCUCGUACCUGGUGAGACUGAAAACAACCUGUAGAAGAAGAAGGAAACAGUAUGAUCAGUGAUCGGUCUGAGUUCAGAGUUCAUAUACGGAGAGUAUUCGUCAUCAUGAUCAGAACUUCCUAUAGAUGGAUCUGCAGUCAUCCCUAUCUCCUUGGCUUUGUUGGGGUUGUGUAUCUUCUGUAUAGAGCUUGUCCUCUUUUGUUUUCUCCUUUGGUAGCUGCAUCUCCUGUUUUGGUUUGCACUUUCGUUUUGCUUGGAACGAUUCUUAGUUUCGGAGAGUCAAAUAUUAUACCUGAGAUCGAAACAGAACCGGAGGCUACUGUUCACGAGGCUGCUCUUUUCACAGCAGAGGCUUCGAGGGAUCCUAGUGUUGUUGAGAGAAGGGAUGAGAGUUUCACGGUUGAGAGGUUCGUGAGCACAGAGAAAGAUGGAAAUGAUCAGCUGAGUGAGGUUGAGGAUGAUGCUCGACCAUUUGAUUAUAGUCCUUUGGUUGAUGAGAUCAAACGGGAUGCUCAAGUAAGGUUUGAGGAUAGAGCAUUUGAUUUGGAUUUGGAGAAGAGGGGAGAUGGAGAAGAGGAGAAGUUGAUUGGAAAUGAUGAUGGGAAGCGAGUUUCACAUGGUGGAUCUUUAGAUGAUAUGAUGGAGGAUGAUUCAAAGGAAGAUCAGGUGGAUGUAUCUCCAGUUUCACCUUGGAGACCAAUGAGGCAUGAGGAGGGCGAUGAUGACUCACUGGAUUCUAGUUCUGAUGGUGCGGAAAGUUCUUCACCUGACCCCUCUAUGACAGACAUCAUCCCCAUGCUUGAUGAGCUUCACCCGCUUUUACACUCAGAGAAUCAAGGUCUUGGUAUUGCAGAUCUUGAUGGAUCAGAUGCAACUUCAGAGGAGCCAGAUAUGAGUAGUAGUGAUAGCGAUGAAGGAAUGGAGUCUGAUGUUAACAGCGAAAGUCAUGGUGAAGAGGACGACAACAAGAAGGAAGAAGAGGAAGAGGAGAAGAAGGAAGAUGAAAUUAAAUCACCUAUCAAAUGGACAGAGGCUGACCAAAAAAACGUCAUGGAUCUAGGAAGUCUCGAGCUCGAAAGAAACCAACGGUUGGAGAGUCUAAUCGCCAGGAGAAGGGCUCGCAACAAUAUGAGAAUGGUGGCAGAGAGAAAUCUCAUUGAUUUCGACUGUGCUGAUGUUCCAUUUAAUAUGCCGCCAAUCUCAACCGCAAGGCAGAAUCCAUUUGAUCUUUCGUAUGAUGAUAUGGGACUACCACCUAUCCCUGGCUCUGCUCCGUCCAUUAUGUUCGCGAGGAGAAGAAACCCGUUUGAUCUUCCGUACGAGCCAAAUGAAGAGAAGCCAGACCUCAAGGGUGAUGGUUUCGAGGAAGAGUUCUCUUCUCCACAACCUAAGGAGCCAGUGUUCAGAAGACAUGAGAGUUUCAGUGUAGGUCCAUCGAUGCUCGGAGGUCCCAGACAUGAUAGGCUACGACCUUUCUUCGUGCUGGAAAGAUUAGCACACGAGAGAGCAAGCUAUUAUCCGUUUGAAAGGCAGCUCAGUGAAGUUAGUGAAUCAAAAGUCAGUUCUGUGCCUGAUACUGAAUCUGUCUGCACAAUCAUGGAGGAUGACGAAAAGAAGGUGGAUGAACAUGAUGCUGAUCAAGAAACGGAUAUGGCUUCUGACCAUGAUGAAGAAAAAAGCCAUUCAGCUUCUGGCCAUGAUGAAGAAAAAGGUCAUUCGUCAGAAGAUUCCGAUAUUGAUGAACAAGCUGAUAGCAAAAUUCUUCAUCAUGAUGUGCCUGAGAUAAUACUGGGAAGUGCAGAAACACACCAUGAGCAAUCAAACAUGAUGGACGGAGAAACUUCUGAUAAGACAAAUCAUGAUCAAGAGGAUUCCAGUGAUAGUGAUUCAUCUUUAUCAGAGAUAGAAGAGGAGAUAGCGCAUAUUAGUGAGAAUGAAGCAAUGUUGGUUUCUGAGCGGGAAGUUGAUCUUCAUGAGACAUCAGGUACUUCUUUUGGAGGAUCAGAUAUUCACGUUGCAAGAGAGAUGGAGAAUGAUUAUCACCGUGAUGAAUCGCCUGCUUUCAUUGCUCCACUCCCCUCCCUGGAGGAGCCAGCAAUUCAUGAUCUUUGUGGGUUGGUGGGUGACCACCACGAAACACCUGUUUACGAUUCGAGUCCUCCCUCAGCCAGUAGAUUCCCAUCAUUUUCUUCCGUAUCAUCUGAUCACAAACCUGAUCUACCUGGAAAGAGUGACGAAGAAGUACAAGAAAAUACAGAUAAUGAACGGGAAGUUUAUUCUGAAAGCAUAGGUCCUGAUGAGAUUGAAACAAGUACAAGGGAAGUGGGAGAGAGUAUCACGCAUGUUACAGUAGAGGCAAGCUUUCUCAUUUCGGAGGUUGGAAUUGACGGUCAAAAGAACUCAAUUUCCGUGUCUGAAUUUGAGGAAGCCUUACUUGAUUCCUCUCUACCUUUGGAUAAGAACGAGAAUAUUGAUCACCAGGAGGAUGACCGUUUGUCUGUUUCUAGUCAAGAAGACCUGGAAGAGAUUCAUGAAGAAGUGAAAGAGGCUGUAGAUACCAGAGCGCUAGAAAUUAGUGAAUCUUUGGUUGACUUGGUUUCUUCUACAGAAGAGGAAGCAGUAUCUACAGGGAUAGUUGAACAACAUCUCCCAGUUGAGCCUACAAGUUCACCUUUGGGAUAUGGUGACACGACGGAGCAUGUGACAACACUGGAAGAAUCACCUGAUGUGGUACAUGACAUAGCUGAAACUUCAGUAGCUGAAGUCAUAAUGCAGGAGGAAGAGGAUAAACAAAAAGAUGAAGCCACUCCUCAAACAUCCAAUGCAGACAUCCCAAUAGACAGCUACGCCACUUUGUCUUCUGGAGCAGUUGAGUAUGUUGAGACGCAUUCAUUUAAUGACGAAGAUGCUCCGAAGGCGGAACAAGAUCCAGUUCAGUCAUCAGUUUCUGAUGCCAAGGAAGAAACACACUCCAACCAAACUAUGGUUAUUGAAGUAGACUCUGUGAAUACCAGUGCUCAAAAUGUGGGAUCCGAAGAAACGACUCCAUCUGAAUCAGGUAGAGAACCGACCUGGUCAGAUAAAUCUGUGGUAGAACAAUCAUCCCUUGAACCUGGUGAAGAUCAAGAACCAGCUCGUGCAGCUCCUCUGAGUGUGGUCUUUUCCCGUAAAAUCACUUUCCACGAGUAUCACGAAGCUCCUGAGGAUACAACCGAGCUAUCUUGUUUGACAUCUGACACGUCCUCAUCUCCAGCGGAGUCUCCUGAGUACGAAACACCUAUGGUUGGUGAAGGCUCAAAGGCGGAGUUCUUCCAAGAGUCUGUUAAUGAGGGGCUUGACCAUGUGGUCGAGCAAUCAGAUCAGCUUACGGAUUUACAUGAAAUAUCUCAAAGUCCUCCUGAAGUUAUCACUGAAGAGGCAGACGAGAUAAAAGAGAUUGAUGAAGGAUUGUUGUCUGAACUUGACACUAUUGGAGACUUCGGUGUUAAGGAAGUUGUGACAGAUUCUGAACCUGGGCCAUCUUCAGUAGGGUCAGACACUGCCAAAGAACUUACGGAAGCUCUACCCGUUCUGGAAGUGAGAUCUGUUGAAGACAUAGAAUCUGCUUGCCAGCAGAUUCAUGAAGGACCCGAGGUUGAAGAUGUUAUUCUUCCAAGCACCGUUCAGGACCAGUUGGCUCAAGAAAAUUCUGAAAACUCAUCAGAGACCAAGUCGGAUUUAACAGUGGUGGAAGCUACGUCGAAAGAUGAUCUAGAUACUGCUAUGAAUGAGGCUGUUGUAGAGAGCAUGGGCAAGCAACCAAUGUCACCAGAAUCAAAUGGUGGGUCUGGAGAAACCAAGUGCGGAGUUGAAAUGGAACCAUCAGGGUCUUUAAUUGAAGAAAGAUCUCUUGAUGAGACAAAUGUUCAUCUGAACAACAUACCUGAGAAAGAAGAAGAUGAAACUAAACCGAAAGAGAUAGCAACAUCUGAUGUAUCGUCUAAGGAAACUCAAUCACUGGAGGAAAUUCCAAAACCUUCAGAACCAAAAGAGGAGAUGUCAACGGAAGUAAUCUCUGAAAGAGUGGUGAUUCCUACAGAAAGCAUAGAGUCUAGAAAUGUAACACUAAGCGAUGAAGUAGUGACUAAGGAAGCAAAAGCUGAGACCUCAAGCAACAUUGAUGGGAUUGUACGGAGUCCUGAGUCCAAAGAAACUCCGGGAGAUUCGGAGGAAAGCAUUUCAGAAGUAAAGACAGAGGAGAAGGAGAAGGAGAAGGAGAAGGAGAAGGGUAAGUCCGAUUCUUCAAGCUCGAGCUCAAGCUCUAGUUCGAGUGACUCAGAUUGAAAAACAAAAUCGAAGGGUAAUGCAUCUCAACUCCUAGUAUAUAUGUUUGUUACACUGUAAUUGUUAGGCACUUCUGGGUUUGCUCUGUUUUAAAAGGGGCAGGAAGAAGCCGCUAUUCAUUUUUUUGUACUGAGUUUUCUCCUUUUCCCGGUUUGUGUGUGUAUCAGUGUAUGUGUGUUUCCUUUUCUUGUGUUUCAGCUUCCAUAUUUAUUGAUUUGUAUUUCUUGAUACUAUUCUGAGGUUUUUUCAGGGUUUUUGGUUUGUGACUUUAAAUAUUUUCUCGUUUUCAUUCUAUAAUGUUUUGUAUUGAAACUGAGAAAUUAUAAAUGUAUUGAUGUUUGGAUU